UGCAAUUGUACCUACGCGCUACGUAUAAUCAAUAGCGCUGGGCUAAGCGAUAACGAAUACAAAUCUACUGCAGUUUGUUCAUAACAUUCCUUUGUGAAAUACGAGUGGUUUAAUAAAGCAAGUGUAGUGAGUCAGAUUCCUAAAUGGCUUCCAAAGGAAAAAAAUCAGCAGCAGUGGAGAUCCCGGAGUGCCCAGUAUGCCUGGAGAGCAUGAGCAUACCAGUGUUCCUGUGCCAGUCGGGGCAUAGUCUGUGCAACUCCUGCACUCUGGCGCUGUGCCCUCCAUCAUGCCCCAUCUGCAGACAACCCAUGACGCAGAUGAGAAACCGGUCACUUGAGGAACUUAUCAACAAGGCAAAAUCUCCAUGCCCCAACCGAAGCGCCGGCUGCGUGUUUACACUGCCCGCGGCCGCGAUGGCCGACCACGUUAAGGAGUGCCUGUUCCGUCCGCGAGACUGCCCCCAUUCGGUCUUUGGCAAAUGCUCUUGGGCUGGUGAUUUAACGAAGAUGAUGGAGCAUUUCAAAGAGAAGCACCCGGCCCAUUGCGUGGCCGAUGUGGACCGCGAAGCUGGCUGGAGGCUGCAGGUGGAUCAGCUGGACCUCAAGGAGUGUGCUCGUUACGUGUACCUGGCCUCGCAACAGCAGUUCCUCUUCAUCAUCACCCUCAAGGUUGAUACCAUUAAGAGGAUGGCCUACUGGGUAAUCCAGCACAUCGGACAAAAGAAAGUCGCCCAACAGCACCUCUACGAGAUACACAUUGUCAGCCGCCGCGACCAGCAACGCAAGGUUGUCUUCACCGAGCACUGCCUGAACGACAGCUUGAAACCUGAGGAGGUGUUCCAACAGGCCAACUGCCCUGUCAUGUCAUUAGACAUGCUAGCACAUUUUAUUCAAGAUAAGAAACUCUCAUUCCGCUUUGUCAUCAAGAGGUUGACUAGAGAGAACAAGGAGAAUGCUGGUCAGGCACCAAGCAGUAGGGAGUCAUCUGUUUCCAGAGACAGGGAUGCCUCGCAGGGACCCGAGGCGAGAGGCCCGGGGCCGAAGCCACAUUGGAAGAAGCAUCCAGGACAGAAACCGGGUCCUAAGAAGUUCACAAAGGCUCAGCAGGCUUGAUAACAUUUUCAAUUAUGAUUUUUUGAGUUUUGAUUAUUGUAGUUAUAGAUUUUAGCAGUAUUAAGAUCCAAAUAAUGUAGAAUUAGAAUAUUAGGAAGUGGUCAGGUAGAUCAUAGAUUUAGGUAUGAAAAAUUGUUGUUAUGUAGAUAGGUAUAGAAAAUUAUUUUGUGUGUUACUAUUAGAAUGGAGUUUAGUUACUAAAAUAAUUAUAUUAUACAUUUCAACAUAAAUGGUCUAUGUAAAGAUGUAUAUUACCUAGUUGAUAAAAAAUAUUUAUAAUCUAAUGUUAAUUUACCAUUUGCAAGUUGGUUUGGUUUUAGGAGCCUAAAGCACAAAAAAGUUUGUUGUAUUUGUAUUUUUUUAAUAAAAAUCAGGGGUACAAUGUUA